GUGAAAUUCAAAAUUUCAGAAAAUCCAAAAAAUUUCCUCUUUCAACCCAGUCACAGACUGCAAAACAAAAUGAUUCUCAAAAGUUCUUCAAAUUCGUUCCUCAGAAUCGUUGCUGUUGAGAGGGAUUUGAGCUCCACAAAGGCAUGUUCUUCAAUGCCAGUGCUCCCAAGCAUCUCAGCUCAAGCCUCUCUUCAACCCCAUGUAAACACCUCUUCCCCUUCAUUCUUAUUCGCCGCUGCUUUUCAUCUCCUCCCAAUCCUGUCGAAUCCGAUAACCUUGAAACAUUAGUUCAGCAUCCCCCGAAUUAUGACACCGGAAGGGAACCCCCGAUUUCUGAUAAACAGUUUAAAUUCGCCCCACGGCCAGGUUCGCACAAGCAGGGCGACUCCACCUUUUAUUCUCUCAUCGAGAAGUACGCCAACUCCGGGGACUUCACGUCCCUUGAAAAGGUUUUUGAUAGGAUGAAACACCAGAAUAUAGUCUUUGUAGAGAAGAGUUUCAUUCUAGUGUUUAUGGCUUGUGGUAAAGCGCGCUUGCCUGAUAAAGCUAUUCAACUCUUUGGAAGAAUGGUGGAUAAAUUUCACUGUAGAGGGGCUGUUAGGUCCUUUAACACUGUUCUUAAUGUGAUUAUACAGUCCGGGUCAUACUACCAGGCCUUGAAGUUUUAUCAUGAUUUUGUAGAUAAGAGAAGGUUUUUGAUGCCAGAUGUCUUGACUUUCAAUUUGGUUGUUAAAGCAAUGUGUAAUUUAGGUAUGGUAGACAGUGCAGUAGAGUUGUUCAGGGAAAUGCCUGGGUGGGAAUGCAACCCAGAUGUAUAUACGUAUAACACUUUGAUGGAUGGGCUGUGUAAGGCGAAUAGGAUUGAAGAAGCUGUGACUUUGUUGGAUGAAAUGCAAAUGGAGGGCUGUUCUCCCAGUCUAUAUACUUUUAACGUUUUGAUCAAUGGGUUUUGUAAGAAGGGUGAUUUAGAACGAGCUGCGAAGCUUGUAGACAAUAUGUUUCUCAAAGGCUGUGUUCCUAAUGAAGUGACAUACAACACGCUGAUACACGGUUUGUGUCUCAAAGGGGAGAUGGAGAAGGCAAUUAGUUUGCUUCAUAGGAUGACUUCUAUCAAACAUGUACCUGAUGAUGUAACAUAUGGAACCAUCAUUGUUGGUCUUGUCAAGCAAGGGAAAGUCACCGAAGGUGACUACAUUUUGAAAGCAAUGGAGGAAAAGGGAUACCCUGUGAGCGCAUAUGCCUACUCUUCGUUAAUUAGCGGGUUUUUCAAGGAGGGGAAAUCUAAAGAGGCGUUGAAAAUAUGGAAGGAAAUGGUCGAUAAGGGGAUAAGGAAACCUGACACGGUUGUUUGUUCUGCUCUUAUAGAUGGCUUGUGCAGGGAAGGUAGACCUGAUGAAGCAAGGGAGAUACUUUUGCAUAUGAUUAAUAUGGAUUGCAUGCCAAAUGCUUUUAUAUAUAGCUCCCUGGUGAAGGGUUUUUUCAAAACGGGUAAAAGCAACGAGGCCUUGCGCGUGUGGAAAGAUAUGGUGGAUCGGAAUGUUGUACCUGAUGAAGUUUGUUACAGCGUAUUAAUCCACGGAUUGUGCAAGGAUGGUAAACUGAGAGAUGCUUUGAUGGUAUGGAAGAAGAUGAUGAGCAUUGGUCAGAAACCCGAAGUAGUGGCAUACACUUCUAUGAUAUACGUGCUAUGCAAUUCCGGGUCAAUCAGACAAGGACUUAAACUUUUCCAUGAGAGUGGAGAAUCUAGAAGUCAACCUAAUGUGGUUACAUACAACAUACUUUUUAAUGCUUUAUGCAAGCAGGAUAUGGUUUCACACGCCAUUGAUCUUUUGAAUAACAUGUUGGAUCGAGGGUGUGACCCCGAUUUGGUUACAUGUAACAUUUUCUUGAAAAGUAUGAAUGCGAAGUUGGAUCCACCCAAACGCGGGAGAGAGUUUUUGGAUGAGCUAGUGGUACGCUUACACAAGAGGCAGAGAAUUCUUGGGGCCUCAAAUAUUAUAGAAGUCAUGCUUCAAAAGGCUUUAUACCCUAAAUUAUCCACUUUGGAUAAAGUGGUCAGAGAACUAUUGAAAGAAAACAAGGUUUCACUAGCCAUCGACAAGUGCUGGAAUGACCUGUUCCUUUGACUACUCUAUGGGGUCAGAUGACUUAUUUUCUGGCAGCUUUCUAUAAAUGUUACACCGAGUUACCUUUUUAAAAUUAAUACUGGAAUGACAAUCAGAAUCGGUGAAGAUGGGCGGCAAUGGUGGAUGGAUUGGGUUCUGAAGGAAGAAGUUGCAGAUUGGAAGUGAAGGAUGAAUUGGGUUGUAAUGGUGAAGUGGAUGUAGAGGUCAGCGAAGUGAAAUUCGGGGGAAGAUGAGUGAGGGAAGAAAAGAAAGGGAGGCUGUUGCUGGCUGCUACCCGAAAAAUAAAAUAGGGAAAUACUCCCUAAUAUAUUAGGAAUUACUCCUAUAUUUUACUGCUAUUGACUUGUAUGACUACAUAGUCACUGUAAGUGCCGUCAUGGUCAAUGCAAAUUGGAACUACAUCAUGGUCACCAUGAAAGUAUAAGUAUAUAACAAUGGUCACUAGUCAUUACAUAUUUAAAGUAA